GCCAGGGAGGAGGGCUCAGAAUGGCUCAGCAUCCCAUGGGCUCUCUGGUGUGGGAGCAGCCCUGGGGCCGCAGUGGCUUGGCUCUCCUCUCCGGGGUGGUUAGCAGGCCUAGCAGGGCGCUUCUCCUCGGUACCCACUUGCUUUCCCUGUCUUAGGAGUGUCACCAUCUGGACCAGGUGUGGUGGUCAUGCAGCUGAAUGUUCCCAGUGUUCCCAAUGGUUCCCAGGCCCCACAGACCCCGUCGAUGGUCCAGUGGAGUCACUGUAAAUACUACAGCAUGGACCAGCGGGGGCAGAAGCCUGGAGAUCUGUAUAACCCUGAGAGCAGUCCCCAGGCCAACACCCAGAUGAACAGCCCUCUCACAUCUCCCACUCAGUCCCCAACUCCUUCUCCGGUCACCAGCCUCAGCAGCGUCUGCACAGGACUCGGCCCUCUUCCUGUCCUCACACAGUUCCCCCGACCUGUUGGCCCGGCUCAGGGUGAUGGGCGCUACUCUCUCCUGGGCCAGCCGUUACAGUACAAUCUGUCCAUCUGUCCACCCCUGCUCCAUGGCCAGUCGACUUACUCAGCACACCAGGGACAGACUGGAAUAAAGCACGGAAACCGGGGGAAGAGGCAGGCCCUCAAAUCUGCCUCCACCGACCUGGGGACGGCCGAUGUCGGUGAGUGUCUGUGCAGCCGGCCCCGAGGGCCCCCGGCCUCCAGGCUCCCGGGAGGAGGGAGGAGACGGGACAGGCGCAGGGUCUCGGCGUCCCUCUUUGCCUGGCUGCCAGGAGAGGCUGAGGAGCGGCCCAACAGAGUGGCCUUCCUCCUUUAA